UGAAUAGUGAUUUUUAACGUGCAAUAAUUCGAAAGGAAUUAGAUAAAUGUUCCGAAUAGUUGCUUAUGAGAAUAUAUUAGAUAAAAAUAUAUUAAUAAAUUAGAGCUAAUUUGAUUGUACAUUUUAUAGGACGAUUAUUAAUUAUUAUUUCGUAUAAUCUUACGUUUAAAUCUAAAUUUUGAUUAAACUGUUAGCUUUGAAACCCACUUUCUAUAAUCAUCAACAAAUUUAGAAAUAAUGUAUUGGCACACAUAUUAAUUUAAGCAUAUAUUUUUUUUUCUUAAUAAUAUUUCGUAUAAAAAUUAUUUAUCUCGGCAUCUUUAUAAAAAUUUCCAUUGUUGUUUACUAAUAAUAGUCCCAUUAUUCUUUUGAUGAGCAAAUGUUUUCCCUUUCUCCGUAUAUCAAUUUCUACAUGUUUCUAACACAAACAGAUUUUCUCUUAUUCUUUCCUUAUCAAUUCUUUCGUUCAGAUUUCUUCUCACUCUCGUACGUGUGCGUAUUUAUUUUCCACGCUUUCCCGCAAUCUCCUUCUCCCAUUCGCGCGUUGAUCAUUGCCACGCAUUUCGAUCCCUCUCCGAAUAGCAGCCGCGAACGAACAUAAGUAAUAAAUACUGCAACACGGAUGGCAAAGAGCAAUAAAGUUCUUGCGCCGUGCCCGAUCAUGUCGCGCUAUGUUUUUCUUAUUCAAAUAUACGUCUACGUGGCAUUCGUCGCCAUCGUCACGGCUGACCAGGCGGAAUGCAAUAAAACAAUAUGCCCGGGACCGUUGAGAUAUUACGAGUCUCUCCACUGCAAACCUGUGUACGAAAAUGAAGGUGACUGUUGCGCGAGAAAAUAUAAUUGUGAUCAUCUGAAAGAGAAAUCUACGAACAAGUGUUAUGUUAAUGGUAAAGAGUACGAAAUCGGUGAUGAUCUUAAGCCUCAAGACGCGAAUCCAUGCGACAUCGAUUGCACUUGUAGACGUGGGUGGAAUGAUGAUGGAGUUGCUGCGUUUGUAUGUGCUGGCGUUGACUGUGCCUACGGGCCAACACAACCUGGUUGCUAUAAGCGGGGAAACCUGACAAAAUGUUGCGAUGACGGAGAGGAAAUUUGUCCUGAGAAACUGGAAGAUAGAGCUACUUGCGUUGUAGAUGGAAAGAUAUAUAAAGAUGGCGAGUAUUUCGAAGUGAAGAAUGAAUCAGAGUUAAAUUGUAUCUGUCUACCGGGAUACAAAGGUAAAAAUGUUGAACCUUUCUGUGUCAAACCCAAACGUCCAUAUUGCAGUCCUGAAUUCCGUGAUGCAAGCGACAUUCGUCGAAACUGCGCUCCAGUAUUUUAUAACAGUCAAUUGCCUCAGAUCGAUUGUCAUUUAGGCACAAGAUGCCAGAACGCUAAUGACACUGUAAUUCAUAAUCAUGAUGAUUUGAAAUCUGACGAAAAUUUGGAUGACGAGAACGUGUGUCUGUUCGGUAACCUGAAGAUGCAUAUUGGCGACGAAUUGAAUAGAGAUACGGAUUAUAGUUCCGUUUGUGUCAAAUGCAUUUGCGAAGUGCCGCCUGUACCAACUUGUCAAUUUUUGCCGGAUAGCGAAUGCGAUGUCACAAAACAUUAUCCAAAUUUCUAAUCGACAUAUAAGUUCUAAAAUAUCUUGAUCAUCUUUGUCUUAUGCGACUUAAGAUCUUUGUUAAAUAUUUCUAAAAAUUUUCAAUAAUAAUAAAAUUUUGUUUUAUAUCGA